AUACCAAUAGCCAAUACAAUAGUGAGCGUGAGGCAGAGACCAGGCCGCCGUGCGCUGGCUCUUCUUCCUCGUUGCUUUCGGAUUUGACUUCGUUCCAGAGACUCUCACACACACAGAUGGAGACUAGCGCCGUGCUGACGGGCAUUGUACCGACUUACCCGAUCUACCCCUCUCGCCACCCUCCUGCGUUCCCUCCUCAGCCCUUCGCCAAGCUCAACUCUUCUUCGCUUCUCUCUCUCACGCUCCAAGAGCAGUUCCCUUUUGCUUCUCAGAGUGUUCUGCGAGCUGCUUCUCCUCUAAGGUGUUAUGCUUCUCUAUCCGAUGCCCACAGUGGAACAAUUGAUAUUGCCGACGUAGACUGGGAGAGCAUUGGAUUUGGUCUCCAACCUACCGACUAUAUGUAUAUAAUGAAAUGUAAUAAAGAUGGAAGCUUUUCUAAAGGCGAAUUACAGCGCUUUGGGAACAUUGAAAUGAGCCCCUCAGCUGGAGUUUUAAAUUAUGGGCAGGGAUUAUUUGAAGGUUUAAAAGCUUACCGUAAACAAGAUGGGAAUGUACUCCUCUUUCGUCCAGAGGAAAAUGCUGUGCGGAUGAAGAUUGGUGCUGAGCGGAUGUGCAUGCCAUCGCCUACUGUAGAGCAGUUUGUGGAAGCUGUAAAAGCUACUGUCAUAGCAAACAAACGUUGGGUUCCUCCUCCAGGUAAAGGUUCCUUGUAUAUUAGACCAUUGCUAAUGGGAACGGGAGCUGUACUUGGUCUUGCACCUGCUCCAGAAUAUACCUUUCUAAUAUAUGUUUCACCGGUUGGAAACUACUUCAAGGAAGGUUUGGCACCUAUCAAUUUGAUUGUUGAGAAUGAAUUCCACCGAGCUACUCCUGGGGGCACUGGAGGUGUGAAGACCAUAGGAAACUAUGCUGCAGUGCUGAGGGCUCAAGCUGUAGCAAAAGAGAAAGGCUACUCUGAUGUUUUAUACCUUGACUGUGUGCAUAAAAAAUAUUUGGAAGAGGUUUCUUCCUGCAACAUUUUUGUUGUCAAGGGCAAUGUUAUUUCGACUCCUGCUAUUAGAGGUACUAUCCUACCAGGCAUCACUCGUAAAAGUAUAAUUGAUGUCGCUCAUAGCGAAGGUUUCCAGGUUGAGGAGCGACUAGUAUCAGUAGAUGAAUUGUUUGAUGCUGAUGAAGUCUUCUGCACUGGGACAGCCGUGGUUGUGUCACCCGUAGGAAGUGUUACAUAUCUUGGCAAGAGAGUAUCAUAUGGAAAAGGUGGUGUUGGAGCUGUAUCACAGAAACUAUAUACUGUUCUUACAAAAUUGCAGAUGGGUCUCAUAGAGGAUGAGAAAAAAUGGACCGUUGAGCUGAGAUAGCCAUUUUACAGAAUGCAUCCUUUGCCAAAAUAACAAUCCGAGCGUCACAAGUUGUUCAUCUUUCAUAUCAUAUCACUUCUCCAUCAUCAUUUGAUGUAUCAACCAUGUAGCUCAUUGCAGUCUGAAAUUUUCCUGGUUGGUAGUAGUGAUUGUUACCCUUACCUUCAGGUUUGGUUCAAUAUCUUUUUGAAUCGCUGGUUUCAUCCUUGUCUACUCUUAUACCUUUACCUUCUCUUGUCAGUAAUGUUGGCUUGUUCAUAGAGUUAGGGGCCUGUUUUUUCUUUAAAGCUUAAGUUUAGGCAGUCACGCAUCUAACUUUUCUGCAACUAGCGUUGCUUUCUUUGUGUAUUUUUUUCCCCCAAUAAAACUGAUGGUCUAUAGUAAUAUAUGCAAUUCCAAUUGCUGUAA